AUGGCUACUCUCGCAGACGAACUCGCAGCAGAUCUCGACUUUUCUUCUGACGAAGAGGAGGAGCAACAAAGAUCUGACAUAGAUGAAGAGCAAGAAGCACUGGAUAAAAUGAAGCAGGAUGCAGAUGGCGAUGAACAGAUGGAAUCCGUAGACAACGCAAGCAAUAGAACAGCAACUUCCAGCAGUGAUGAUGAUGCCAACAGCGUAAAAAAGAUUGCCAAGCUGUUGUACAGCAAACAAACACAGGACGUGCUACAGAAAAUUGACAGUUACAUUGCUCAAAACCGCAAUGCAACUCAAGUUGUUGGGCCCACUGAAGAGGAUGAAGAAUACAAGCUUAUUGUGCAGUCAAACAGCAUGACAGCAGACAUUGAUAACGAGAUUCAGACGGUACACAAGUUCAUUCGCGAUCAUUAUGCAGCCAAGUUUCCCGAGCUCGAGACACUUGUAUACAACCCAUUAGAAUACGCACGCACCGUCAAGGCAAUUGGCAAUGAAUCAGACGUGACCAAGGUGGAUCUUCGACCUAUUUUACCAUCAGCCACCAUCAUGGUGAUCACUGUAACAGCCACCACCACUUCCGGCAAACCAUUAACAGACUACGAAUGGAAAUUGACAGAGGAAGCUUGCGACAUGGCACUUGAUUUAGAUGCAGCCCGUAGAAAGAUUAUGAAUUACGUGGAAUCUCGCAUGACAGUGAUUGCACCCAAUUUAUCCGCUGUCGUUGGUACGCCCACUGCCGCCAAGCUAUUGACUGCCGCUGGUGGACUCACAGCCUUUUGCAAGAUCCCGUCUUGUAAUGUGCAAGUCAUUGGCAACAAUCGAAAGACCAACACUGGAUUCUCAACUGCUCAUAUGGAUAGACACACAGGUUACAUUGGAUAUGCAGAGCCCGUGCUAGCAGCACCUCAAGAUUUGAAGAGAAAAUUGAUCAAGAUUGUGUCGGCCAAAGCAGCUCUAGCGGCUCGCAUUGACGCUAGUCAUCAAUCGCCCGGUGGAGAAGCAGGACAAAAAAUGAGAGACGAGGUGGAUGCCAAGAUUGAGAAGCUACAAGAGGCACCUUCCUUGAAGGUUGUGAAAGCAUUGCCCAUCCCUGACGAAGGACCCAAGAAGAGAAGAGGUGGUAAACGUGUGAGAAGACAAAACGAAGCCUAUGCCAUGACUGAAUUGCGCGCUGCUCGUAACAGAAUGGCAUUUGGUGAAGCUGAAGAGGAAGUUGGCUAUGGCGACGAGACAGAAGGUCUUGGUAUGGCCACGAAACAAGUGGGCAAAAUCAGAGCCUCUGUCGCAGAUCAAAGAAACAAGAUUAAAGCACCCAAGCUCAAGAGUUUUGCUCGUGUGUCUGGUACAGCCACCUCUGGCUUAGCAUCCUCACUUGCAUUCACACCUGCCCAAAGCAUGGAAUUGAUUGAUCCAACAGCAGCCGUUGAAAAGACAAAGGAAAAGAGAGCAGAGAAAUAUUUCGGCGAUGGUGCAUUCUCCAUGUAUCCCAAGCAUUAG